GCGGGCGACGCGGAGGGCUGGUUUACGAGCCCCGUACACGGGGGAGCUGCGUGGUGCAGCCUGCAGGGCUUUGAUCAGCUGCAGCCUGGUGAACACGGGACGCUGACUCGCUUUUAUUUUUAUUUUCCCAGGCAGGGGUGGGGGUGGGAGGCCGAAGCCGAUCUGGUUCUGAGUUAAAGAUCCCUUGGCAGGAAGGUGCUGCCAGGCUGCUGCAGGAGGAUGCGAGCUGAGGGCAGCAGCAGAGCCGAGGAGGAGCAGCUGCUGCAGCUACCUGUGUGGCCUGGGCUGCCGCGGCAGAGACCUGCUGGCGGCAUCAUCAUGUGAAUAUUUAUUACCCGGUUGGGGUCUUCGCUCGCGGUAAUCGAAUGGGAGGUUUGCCUCGGGGAAGGUUAUUUCCCCCCCCCGCGGAAGCUUAUCUGGGGCUCGUGCGCCGAUCGGGGCAGCUGUGGAGCGGAGCAGAUCUAACUGGCUUUACCCAGACAAUGGUCCCAAAGUCUAUAUGAUAAUUGCUGGUGGCUGAGAGAGAGAAGGCAUUUUGGGGACUGUAUUGAAGCAGAACAAGGGAGCAGGAGGGUGAAAUCAUCCUGCCUGCUCCUCCAGCAGUGGCAGCUCUGCAAACGGUGUGUGCAGUGCAUUUUCAGCAGUAGCAAAGUUCUAGUUUGCAGGAAGCAGCCAGUUCAACAGCAGGACCUGAGGCACUCCAGACACAAGAGAAGAAGCAGCACCAACAUGGAUAAGGACAGCAUGAGCCUAGCUGACCAGCAGUAUGAAUGUGUGGCUGAGAUUGGUGAAGGAGCCUAUGGGAAGGUAUUCAAGGCCCGAGACUUGAAGAAUGGAGGUCGUUUUGUAGCCUUGAAGCGCGUACGGGUACAGACAAGCGAGGAGGGAAUGCCACUCUCCACCAUCCGUGAGGUGGCAGUAUUGAGGCACCUGGAGACCUUUGAGCACCCCAAUGUGGUCAGGUUAUUUGAUGUAUGCACAGUGUCACGAACAGACAGAGAGACCAAACUAACCCUAGUGUUUGAACAUGUCGAUCAAGACUUGACCACUUACUUGGAUAAAGUUCCGGAGCCUGGAGUGCCUAUGGAAACUAUAAAGGACAUGAUGCUUCAGCUGUUGCGAGGGCUGGAUUUUCUACAUUCACACCGAGUGGUGCACCGUGAUCUGAAACCACAAAAUAUCCUCGUGACAAGCAGUGGGCAGAUAAAAUUAGCUGACUUUGGCCUUGCACGAAUCUAUAGUUUUCAGAUGGCUCUUACCUCAGUGGAACUGUAUAACCUGCUGUCAUUGCUGGGGUAUUGCCUGGUAUCAGCCCUGGAGCUCAUAGCAUGGCCUCUAGCCCAGACAGAGCUGUGUGGGGUUGUCACUCUGUGGUACCGAGCUCCUGAAGUUUUGCUUCAAUCCAGCUAUGCAACACCAGUUGAUCUCUGGAGUGUUGGCUGCAUAUUUGCAGAAAUGUUCCGUCGAAAGCCACUUUUUCGUGGAAAUUCAGAUGUUGAUCAGCUAGGAAAAAUCUUUGAUGUCAUUGGGCUCCCGGAAGAAGAAGACUGGCCUAGUGAUGUUGCCCUUCCAAGACAUGCUUUCAAUUCCAGACCGCCACAACUCAUUGAAAAGUUUGUACCAGAUAUCGAUGAACUAGGCAAGGACUUACUUCUUAAAUGUUUAGCGUUCAAUCCCACCAAGAGGAUAUCUGCCUAUGUUGCCCUGUCUCACCCUUAUUUCCAUGAUCUGGAGAAAUGCAAGGAGAAUCUGGACUCCCACAUGUCAACCAGCCAAAACUCCAAUGAGGCUUAUAUGAAUCCUAUAGCCAUGGCCAGAUCACGAGGUCCUUCCCAAUCUGCAGGGCCAACAAUACAGGACUACCUGAACAGACCAAGGCCUACAUGGGAAGAAGUGAAAGAACAACUAGAAAAGAAAAAGAAAGGAUCAAGGGCAUUGGCUGAGUUUGAAGAAAAGAUGAAUGAGAAUUGGAAGAAAGAACUAGAAAAACACAGGAAGAAAUUAUUAGGUGGAAAUGAGAGUUCCUCCAAAAAGAAUGAGAAAAAGAAAAAGGAAAAGAAGAAAUCAAAUAGGUUGUCUUCAUCUUCCUCUUCUUCAUCAAGCUCUGAUUCUUCCAGGAGUUCAUCUGAUUCUGAUGAUGAGGAUAAGAAACAAGGGAAAAAACGGAGAAAAAAGAAGUAUCGCUCCUUGCGGAAAUCUUCUGAAAGCUCUACUUCUGAUUCUGAAUCAGACAGCAAGGACAGCACAAAAAAGAAAAAAUCAAAGGAAGAACAUGAAAGAGAAAAGGACAACAAAAGUCUUAGUAGGAAAAGGAAGAAAAUUGAUCGUGGGAAUGUACCUUUAUCAUCUGAAUCGCUAUCAGAGUCAGAUCCUACAGAGGAGGUACAAGUGAAAAAGAAAAAAAACAGUGAAGAAAGAGAGAAAGUAACAGCAAGAUAAAACAAAAAAGAGAAAGAAGCACAAGAAACACGGUAAAAAGAAGAAAAAGAAGACAGCUGGUUCAAGUUCAGAUUCAGAAUGACACUUAAAAAUCAAGCGUGUCCCUUCAACAAAAGUGCAAUGACUAAAGGAAACUUCAACUGUGAAAAUUAUCGCAAACUUUACCACACUGCAUGAGUUUUCCAGUGUUUUAGAAAUAUUACUAGACUUUCAAUAGCCAGCCAGGUGCUGCUAUGCCCAAAAGUCCAUUGUUGUUGCCUGCUGCUUAAUACCUGGGGUACAAAAUGCUUUUAAUUACAGUAGCCAGUGUUAGUUUAAAAUCAUAAGAGAGGGUGGUCCAGCUAAUAUGUAAAAUAUUAGGAAAUAGAAUGCAACCUUUUAGAUACUAAAAAUAGUGUUUUAACAAGUUAGUAAUAUAGUCUAAUUUUUAAAUCUGCAGAAAUAAAAAAUUCAUCUUGAGGAAUAUAACAUAAGACUAUUGAUACUUGGUGACUACUAAUGCCAUUUGUGAAAUGGAAAUAGAAUAGUAACAAUUUUAAAGGUUACUUUUGUAGAAGUAUUUAUGAUAAUUUUGCCCUUUAUUUUCUUUUGGGAGUGUUACCAUUUUGGCUAGCUGAAUUAGGGUGCCUUUGAUCCUUGCAAAAUCUAUCUAUUUUUAACAGUACAACAGCUAUAUUUCCUAGGGAGAUCAGAACUGGUAUCAGCAGGUUUUUCCUGAAUAAACAAUUCUGGGCCCCUAGCAUGUACUUCUGCAUUAAGUAAGAGCAGUGACACACUGCAGCAUAACUUGACAUCCAAAAAUUAAAGACUUUACCUCCACUUAAUUGAAAUGAUGCUGAAUACUGUGCUAUUAAUAUGCAUUAUAUCAUUUAAAGUAAUUUUGAGUUUAACUGAACAUUUCUGGCAAACACUGGUAGCUUUUUUUCCUUUUGCAUUGCCAUUGAGAUAUUUAGAAUUAUUUUGUAUGUUUUGUACCAUUUUUAAAUAACGUACAGGUAUUCAGUUGUAACUAGUGAUUUUUUUUAUGAAUUAUGUUCCAGGUGUGGAGCUUCAUGUAUGUAUUUACUUUAUUCUUACAGUAAAUUCAUUUGCUGUGAUAAAAUGCACACUUGCUGAAAAUAUUUAGCAUGUAAAAAGCAGGGUUUUGAUAACUAACAGCUUCAUAUUGAAGCUGAUUUUACUCUAAGCAAGUUCAGUGGCAGACCUGUUAUGCGGAUGUGUCUUGUUAUAUAAAACUACUGCCAGAAUCUCAGUAAAGAUACUCUUUAAAAAGUU